GCCAUGGCCCUGUGGAAACUGGAGCCGAAUCUUCCAUUCGUGGCGGAAUGCCACGUGAGUAGCUGCGGUCACUGUUCCUUGCUUACAGCUGCAGCUUUGCAGGUCCCAAGUUGGCAGGACGUGGCCAUUCGGAUCGCCUCGAAACAGAGAGCCGAGGCCCGAAUUCCUCCGGUCCUCCUCGUGACCCACGCACCGGCGCGCGCGCGCGUCGGUGUCACUUGCCAUGCCAGUAUGCCAUGCCCGGCAUUUAAGUGGACAGUGGUAGAACGGCACGGCGGCUUUGGCGGUCUCUGGCUCACCAAGCUUGUGCAUCCCAUCUAGCUCCAGAGAGUCGGACGUCGGGAGCAGCCGAGAGCUCGCGACUCGCGAGAAGGGAGCCACGGUAUGACUGGGAGCGCGCGUAGCGUCGUGGCGCUGCUCUUCUUGCUCGUCGGCUCGGCUGCUCGGGCCGAUUCAGCCGUCACCGAUGGCCUGUUGCCAAAUGGCAACUUCGAGGACGGGCCGGACAAGUCCCAGCUGAACGGCACGGUGGUGACGGGUCGAUACGCCAUACUGAACUGGGAGAUCUCGGGGUUCGUGGAGUACAUCGAGUCCGGGCACAGGGAGCAGGACAUGAUCCUGGCGGUGCCGGAGGGCGCGCGCGCCGUGCGAUUGGGCAACGACGCCACCAUCCGGCAGAGGCUUAGCGUGACGCGGCGCGCUUACUACUCCAUCACUUUCAGCGCGGCGCGCACCUGCGCCCAGAAGGAGAAGCUGAACAUGUCCGUCACACCGGAGUUCGGCGUGCUCCCGAUCCAGACGGUUUACACCAGCAGCGGCUGGGACUCCUACUCCUGGGCCUUCAGGGCCAAACACAGCGUCGUGUGGCUCUCCAUCCACAACCCCGGCGAGGAGGAGGACCCGGCGUGCGGCCCGCUCAUUGACUCCAUUGCCAUCAAGAACCUCUACCCUCCUCCCCGCACCAAAGGAAACAUGUUGAGAAACGGAGACCUGGAGGAGGGGCCGUACAUCUUCCCGGACGCGACGUGGGGCGUGCUGGUGCCACCGAUCUUCGAGGACGAGCACUCGCCGCUGCCGGGGUGGAUGAUCAUGUCGGACACGAAGGUCAUCAAGUACGUGGACUCGCCGCACCACAGGGUGCCGCAGGGCGCGCGCGCCGUGGAGCUUGUGGCCGGCAGGGAGACCGCGCUGGUGCAGGAGGUGGCGACCGUGCCCGGGCGGUCGUACAGGCUGUCGUUCUCCGUCGGGGACGCGGGCAACGGGUGCAAGGAUUCGCUGGCCGUGGAGGCGUACGCGGCGCGGGCCACGGCCAAGGUGCCGUACGAGUCGCAGGGCACGGGCGGGCACAAGCGCGCCCAGCUCGAGUUCGCGGCGGUCGCGAACCUGACGCGCGUGGUGUUCCAGAGCUUCAACUACCACACGAAGCCGGACGGGACGCUGUGCGGGCCUCUCGUCGAUGACAUCUCCCUCGUCAGCGUACGCAAGCGCGCUGCUCGCCUGUAACGUUAACGUUGUUGCACUACGCCGUCUGCUACCCGCGCCUCCGCGGUGGCUGGUGAUCGCUUGAAAAUCGGGUGCUAAUUUGUAUGAAGUGUUGACACUUUGACUUAGAGUCGUCGUCAAAUUGAAGUACUAGUAUGGCUACAGGGUCUGGGUGACCUAGCGCUAUAAUAGAAGAACGACCGAUCCCAUCAACAUAUUGCACAAGCAUUGAAGCAAGAUAAAUACGCGGACGGUAUAGAGUAAGAGAAUGAGAAUGCGAAAUGUGAGUAUGCGACAAAUUUUCAAAGCAUAAAACCAUGGCAUUUUUUCAUUAAAAAUACUGUAGCUGAUUCGGUAAUGUGAAAAGGAGACACCGCAUAAAGUUACAUCAUAUAAAACUACAUACUUAUUGCAUUAUUGCAGUUACAUGCAGGUUACGAUGUAAUUACAUUACAUAUUUAGAAUUAUCUUAUGUUUACGUAUGUUAAUUUUUUAGAAAAAAAAUAUCGACAAAUGUAUAGCAAAACUGAUUGUGAGAAAAAAAAUAUCGACAAAUGUAUAGCAAAACUGAUUGCGAGGAGAAUAAAAUGUGAUACCAUAAUUAUAGCUAGACCUUUUUUUUUCCUUUUCUAGUCUUCUCGUUUUCUCAUUAAGCCGCUCAUCAAUCAACGGAGCCCAUGGGUUAUUGGG